GGGCGGGGUGGCGGGCGGCGGCCGGGGCGGUGUGCGGCCUCUCCUCGGUGGCGGGGUCCGCUCCCGCCUCGCGCCGCACGGCCCCGGGCCGCCGCCGGAGACAUGUCGCCUGCCAUCGCGGCCAAGGAGGGCGGCCGGCAGCGCCGGGCCGGGAGCCAGCACCACUGCCUGGACCUGAGGGGUGAAGUGCCGCCCGCCCUGGCGCUCUGCGGGGACGGGCUGCCGGGCGGCGAGGCCGAGGCGCUGCUGCCGCCGCCCGAGGCGGGCUCCCGGGGGGCGCGGGACUGUCGGGCAGAGCUGGGCAGCAUCCUGCUGCUGCUGGUGCUGUACGUGCUGCAGGGCAUCCCGCUGGGCCUGGCGGGCAGCGUCCCCCUCAUCCUGCAGAGCAGGAGUGCCAGCUACACCGACCAGGCCUUCUUCAGCUUCGUCUUCUGGCCCUUCAGCCUCAAGCUGCUCUGGGCCCCCCUGGUAGACGCCGUCUACCUGCGGGGCUUUGGCCGCCGCAAGUCCUGGCUGGUGCCCACGCAGUACGUCCUGGGGGUCUUCAUGAUCUACAUGUCCACCCAGGUGGACCUGCUGCUGGGCGAUGGGGAGGGCCGGGGCCCCGACGUGGUGGCUCUCACUGUGACUUUCUUCCUCUUUGAGUUCUUGGCGGCAACGCAGGACAUUGCGGUGGACGGCUGGGCCCUGACCAUGUUGUCCAGGGAGAAUGUGGGCUACGCUUCCACCUGCAACUCCGUGGGCCAGACGGCCGGCUACUUCUUGGGCAACGUCCUUUUCCUGGCCCUCGAGUCGGCCUCCUUCUGCAACAAGUACCUGCGGUUCCAGCCCCAGCCCCAAGGGAUUGUUACCCUCUCAGAUUUCCUGUUUUUCUGGGGAGCUGUCUUUUUAAUUACUACUACACUGGUUGCCCUUUUGAAAAAGGAAAAUAAGGAACUAAUACCAAUAAAAGAAGAAACAAAAGGCAUCACUGAUACAUACAGGCUGCUAUUCUCAAUAAUCAAGAUGCCAGCAGUUCUUACUUUCUGUCUCUUGAUUCUCACAGCAAAGGUUGGAUUUUCAGCAGCAGAUGCUGUAACAGGACUCAAAUUGGUGGAAGAGGGAGUCCCGAAAGAGCACUUAGCUCUGCUAGCAGUUCCAAUGGUUCCUUUACAGAUAAUACUGCCUCUGAUUAUCAGCAAGUACACAGCAGGCCCCCAGCCACUCAACACAUUUUACAAAGCUAUGCCGUUCAGAUUACUGCUUGGUCUGGAAUUUGCUUUUUUGGUAUGGUGGACUCCUAAAGUAAAACAUGAAGGAGGAUUUCCUGUCUACUACUAUGUUGUAGUACUGUUGAGCUAUGCUUUACAUCAGAUUACGCUGUAUAGCAUGUAUGUUGCAAUAAUGGCUUUCAACGCCAAAGUCAGUGAUCCACUGAUUGGAGGGACCUACAUGACGCUCCUAAAUACUGUGUCAAAUCUGGGAGGGAACUGGCCUUCCACCGUUGCGCUCUGGCUUGUGGACCCGCUCACGGUGAAAGAGUGUGCAGGGGCCCAGGAACAGACCUGUGGAACUACGGUUGCUGCAGAACUCUGCACAAAAGCUGGUGGUUCUUGUGUUACUACCUUGGAUGGUUACUAUGUGGAAUCGGUCAUCUGUGUCAUUCUGGGAUUUGGCUGGUGGUUCCUACUUGGGCCAAAAUUUAAAAAGCUGCAGGAUGAAGGACAGUCUUCGUGGAAGUGCAAGAGGACCAAUUGAUGCAGUUUAAAUAUUGGACGGACUAGCAAGGUCAUUUUAGUUUUAUUACAAAGACAUAUCCCAUAAUCAAUAAACAGGAAUAUAGGUAUUUUUAAAUGCCACAUCACUGAGAAAAUGGGUGGCUGAGGCGGUGGUAUGUUUGUAUGUGAUACCACUUGCACUCCCAAUAUGAAAAUGUUAAGUUGGGAAAGUAAUUGAUUAAAAAAUGGCACCUAUGUACUACAUACAUAUCCCCGAGCUCUAGCUUCAGAGUCAUGGCUGCUGGUAUAACCAAUGUCUGAAUUUCCAUAUAGUGACUAUGGAAAAGCUCAUUGUGCCAUGUCUGUCUACACAGCAGCGUUGUCGGCUAAGUUCCAACCCUUUAUUUUCAAACAGAAAUGAUCUGACAUGGGGAAUUGACCCGGGGAAGGAUGUCAAAGGCAUUUUGACUUGUAGAUUAAACAUGUUGUGCUACAGAAUUCCUUGUGGGAAGAGAAAUGUGAAAUGUCUGUGGGCUUUGUUUCUUCUCACUUUCUGAACUGUAACCACACCUCAAAGGAUGAAAUGUUUCAGAAAUUCUUUUAAAUGUAUUUUCUGGCUUUUAUAAGCUUUAAAGAUUUAUAAGAAAAUAUUUUUAUAAACAAAUUACAUUUAAUUUAUUUCUGCUGUUUCAAAGCAUUUUGAUUUCCAUUCAAGGUACUUGCUUGUCGAAAAAAAUGCUGUCAGGUAGGACUUCAGUAACGCACAAUACUCUAAGCCUUGAGUCCUGAAGAUGCAAACUGGGUAGUGCAGCAGCUAGCAGACAAAAAACAGGCUUCCAAAGGCAUGCAGGCCUUCGGAGGGCGGUUUUUAUUUUGAGGGAAUGAAUUGAUAGUGUUGGUUCCUCUAUGUAACUGUAACGUGAGCAUUUGUUUUCAAAGUCAGUGCAAGAAAAGGUGACUGUUCCCACCUAGGGGUAAGAAAAGAUGAUCAGUGCCUUUGAAAGUGAUUUGGUGAUGACAAACUUGCCAAAUUCCCAGUGAGUCAGCAUACUACUUGCUGCCACAUAAAUCAAACAAGCGAAAUCCUGCGGUAGAGCUGCUAUAGACAUUUAUUACUGAUGCUGUGUAGUGGAAACAUUCCCUUGGCAUUUAUCAAAAAUUACUUCCCUCCUGAGUGCCUUAGUGACGUACAGCAAGCGCACUGUAUGCCUAGAGAGAGGGCACUUGGACAUUGUUGGGUGUAUAUGGUACAUCAUUAUUAAAAAAGAAGUCUAUUAAAAUUCUCUUUGAAAGGUA